UAUAUAUCGUUUUGGUAAGAUGAUUAUGUACCCAAUGGAAGAGCUCAAUCCGGCUAUGAUGGUCAUAGCCAUCACAUUGUUAGCCAUUCUGCAAUGGGGUAUUCGUGCUACAAUUAAGCCCAAAAUAGCGGGCCCACAGAAAAACGCAAUAAAAAAUGGAGUAAACAACAAAAGGAGGAAAGGCCUGUCCGCCAUGCAGCACGACCGCAUCAACAUGGGGAAUUCGCAAAAUCGGGCUGCGAACGCCGAUGAGAAGUCACCGCCAGGUGGCGCCAGUCUAGUGCGAAUGGGAAUCGCAGGGGGCGGUGGCGCUGGCGGAGUGGGCGUGGCCCUCGCGGAAAGGCGGAGCAGUCGAGUUCGCGUGCUCAGCCGUUUGAUGGGUCAGAAGCGCAUUCGCGAGGCAUUCCUACACUCGCCGAAAAUGGGAUCGAGUCUCGAGGUCAAUUUGGAGGGCGCUGGCAACGGAAGUAGCGAUUGGAUCGCAGCGGAAACGGAAGUGGAGCAUGGACAACUGGAUUGCAGCGCCGAGCCAGCAGAUUUUCCGCCUGCGAAACCACCGAGGCUAAGAAGGCAGCUCCAAACUGCAGUCGAAAGUGAGGAUCGCUGCAGCUUGAGUUUGGGCCAACUUUGUCAGCUACAGCUUCAGUGCGAUAAUAAGCGCAAUGAGGAGGAAUCCCAAAGGAUAUUAACGCGAGAGAAGGAAAGGGUUCAGAACACGCCUCCCCCACUAACCAAGCAGCCGCGAAAGAGACGAAUAGCCCCACAACCUCCACCGAUACCCCCACCGAAACCGAGAAAAAUUCGUACUGAAAAAACCACCAACGAUGACCACUGUGCGUUCAUUGAGCAGCUCUUUUCCGAAACAACUGAGGCAAAUCCAUCGGCUACAGUGGUUGCGGAUCCCGUGGACGAACUGAUCAUAUCGAAGCACUAUCUAAAUACAGCGGCGAAGGAGCAUCGUAAUCCGAAAGCCAAACGCGAUCGUCCACUGAGCGAAAUCAGUGUGACGUCGGUGGACACCCUAUCACCGAAUACCGCAAAAGCCGUGCUCGAGCUGCAGAAACGCUGCCGAGCUGAUAAGUUGGCCUGCCUGAGCCUUACUCGCGUCACCUACCUCAGCAUAGCCAAUGAUCUGCAGGAAGUCGAGGAGGCGGAUCGGGCCACCAUAUUGCACGAUACGAAACUUUUGGUAGCACCCAAUAGCCCGGCGGAAAGUUCGCCGGACGAGGAGCUCAUGGCCUUGCAGCUGGGCAAGAAGUUGGCCCAGGUUUUGGGCAGUGGAGCGGGCUCACCCUUGACCCCUGGCACAAUGGAGCCUUGUGCAGCGGGUUCGGGCUCACCGCUGGGAAAUGGAGAGCUCUUCAAUGUGUCCAAGGCCAAGAAGGUAGAGCUACAGAACCUUUCGUCUCGAUUCACAGCCGCUGUCAGCCAAACACCGCCAGGUGUCACAUCAUCCACUCCCAAUGAAUCAGGAGUCACAGGACCUGCAGGACCUUUGGGGGCUACAACAUCCUCGCCGUCGCUGGAAACGCAAUCAACUGUUAUAAUUUCGUUUAAAUCAUCUCAAACACCUGUGCAGUCUCAAACGAAUUCUGCAGCCUCCGAAAAUGUUGAGGAUGACACAGCGCCCCUGCCGCUCCCACCGCCGCCGCCCGGCUUCGGCACGCCCACCACGCCCCUUUUGUCAAGCAAUGUGCUAAAGAAGGUCGCCAGCUUCACGGUCGAGAAGUCUUCGGCGGGCAAUAAUAGCUCGAAUCCCCCGAAUUUGUGCCCCACCAGUGACGAGACCACCCUCUUGGCCACUCCAUGUUCUUCAUCGCUGACGUUGGCAACCCUGCCGCCCGAAAUCGCCGUGGGCGGUGCGGCGGGGGGCGUGGCCGGGGGAGCUGGUUCGCGACGCGGCUCAUCUUAUGUACCGGAAAAGUUAAGCUUCGCUGCAUAUGAAAAGUUCGAAGGUCAAAUGCUAAUAAAAUGGCUAAUCUCAACGAUGCAGAGCAACCCGAAGAGUUCGAGCGGUGAUGCUAAUCAGGAAUUAUUUAAUACUCUGGCGCUGCAGUUCUGCAAUAAUCUCAAAUAUGUCGGCGUCCUUAAGCAGAUCUCCAAUGAGCACUUGGAUUGCGGAUUUAGCCCCUAUGAAAUGUACCAAUGGACGCACACGGAGCAGCCGACCACCUCGUUGCCCCUGACCCCCGGCAAGCUGGACAAGGUGGCGGCCUGGCCAUUUUCCAGCACACCAUCCGGCAUUCGAGCGCUGGAGUCCGCAUCCCUGGCGUCCGUGGGAGCAGGUGGGUUGGCAGGUUCUUUGGCAACCAUUGCCACCUCAUCCACAGCCUCCUCGGACAAUCAGAAAACCCUGCAGCAGAUCCUCAAGAAGCGUCUCCUCAACUGCUCGACGUUGGCCGAAGUUCAUGCGGUGGUAAACGAGCUGCUGAGCAGCGUGGAUGAACCACCGCGUCGUCCAUCGAAGAGAUGUGUGAAUCUCACGGAGCUGCUGAAUGCCAGUGAGGCGACAGUUUAUGAGUACAACAAGACCGGAGCGGAGGGCGGUGUGAAGAGCUUCACGGAUGUGGAAACUCAAACGGAAAGCGAAGAUUGCGAGGGCACCUGCAAGUGCGCCCAAUUCUCGGCGAAAGUGUCCGAUAACGAAAGUUCAAAGGAAGAUGGGGAUAAGCCACAUGCCGUAGCCCCGCCGCCUCCGCCACCUCCUCCGCCGCCGCCUGCCUUUGAUGCGCCUCCUCCUCCUCCACCACCACCACCUCCUCCGCCACUGGCCAACUAUGGAGCACCACCACCACCGCCACCACCGCCUCCGGGCAGUGGUAGUGCCCCGCCACCGCCUCCACCCGCACCCAUUCAAGGAGGCGGCGGCAUACCGCCUCCACCACCACCCCUGGGUGCAUCCCCCUCCAAGACGACGAUCUCACCCGCUCCACUGCCCGAUCCCGCCGAGGGCAAUUGGUUCCAUCGCACAAAUACCAUGCGCAAGAGUGCAGUUAACCCGCCGAAGCCAAUGCGUCCUUUAUAUUGGACACGGAUAGUGACGAGUGCGCCGCCUGCGCCACGCCCCCCAUCGGUGGCCAAUUCCACGGACAGCACGGAGAACAGCGGGAGCUCACCCGAUGAGCCUCCGUCUGCGAAUGGUACAGAUGCUCCGCCCACAGCGCCACCGGCCACCAAGGAGAUCUGGACGGAGAUCGAGGAAACGCCACUGGAUAAUAUCGAUGAGUUCACGGAGCUCUUUUCCCGCCAAGCCAUUGCGCCCGUUAGCAAGCCCAAGGAGCUGAAGGUCAAGCGAGCCAAGUCUAUCAAGGUACUCGAUCCCGAGAGAUCGCGAAAUGUGGGCAUUAUCUGGCGGAGUUUGCAUGUGCCGUCCAGCGAAAUCGAGCAUGCUAUCUACCACAUAGACACAUCGGUGGUCAGUUUGGAGGCCCUGCAGCACAUGAGCAACAUUCAGGCGACAGAGGAUGAGCUGCAGAGGAUCAAGGAGGCAGCGGGCGGCGACAUUCCGCUCGAUCAUCCCGAACAGUUCCUGCUGGACAUAUCCCUGAUUUCCAUGGCCAGCGAGAGGAUUUCCUGCAUUGUCUUCCAGGCGGAAUUCGAGGAGUCCGUAACGCUGUUGGUUCGAAAGCUGGAAACGGUGUCCCAGCUAUCGCAGCAAUUGAUCGAGAGCGAGGAUUUGAAGCUGGUCUUCUCCAUCAUCCUUACGCUGGGCAACUAUAUGAACGGAGGCAACCGGCAGCGCGGACAAGCGGAUGGCUUUAAUCUGGAUAUUCUGGGCAAGCUGAAGGACGUCAAGUCCAAGGAAUCGCACACCACCUUGCUCCAUUUCAUUGUGCGCACCUACAUUGCGCAGCGGCGAAAGGAGGGAGUGCACCCCCUGGAGAUCCGCUUGCCCAUCCCAGAGCCAGCCGACGUGGAGAGAGCCGCACAAAUGGACUUCGAGGAGGUGCAGCAGCAGAUCUUCGAUCUCAACAAGAAGUUCUUGGGUUGCAAGAGGACGACGGCCAAAGUUCUGGCCGCCUCGCGACCCGAGAUCAUGGAGCCCUUCAAGUCCAAAAUGGAGGAGUUCGUGGAGGGGGCGGACAAGUCGAUGGCCAAGUUGCAUCAGUCCCUCGACGAGUGUCGCGAUCUCUUCCUGGAGACCAUGCGCUUCUACCACUUCUCACCCAAAGCCUGCACCCUAACGUUGGCCCAGUGCACGCCCGACCAGUUCUUCGAGUACUGGACGAAUUUCACCAAUGAUUUCAAGGACAUUUGGAAGAAGGAGAUCACCAGUCUCCUGAAUGAAUUAAUGAAGAAAUCGAAGCAGGCCCAAAUCGAAUCACGUCGCAACGUGUCCACCAAGGUGGAGAAGUCCGGACGGAUUUCGCUGAAGGAGCGCAUGCUGAUGAGGCGCAGCAAGAACUAGUUCACUAGCCUCGAUUGAAUAUAUUUUGUAUUUAUAGUUGCUUUUUAUUACACCAUUGCUCAGCAAACUUCUCGUUACAUGGAUGUAGUCUCCACUAAUUGUUAAGUUACCAAAUUGUAUAAACUCUUUGAAUGCAGGCGCUGUGGCUCUACAAAUAAAAUGUGCUCUUGCUCUUAGCAUUGUGCGUUUA